AAAAAAAACACUCGUCCAGAAACAGCAAACAUUCAUCUGAGAGUCUGUAAUGCAAAAGGUUGAAGGAUACACAGCUCUGUUCAAUUCUGGAGAAUCAGUAACGGCAAGUUGACAAGAUACCACCCAUCACAACGGAAGUAACUUACUUAACUGGCGGGAGACUACCUCUGAGGCUCCCAAUGGAUGAUGAAGAGGAGGACAUGUCUCUUCAGCGUCCUGUCUCCCAGUGCUGGGGCACCCCCUUCAGGGACAUCAAGUUCCACGACAGGGAGAGCAGGGACAGAGAAGACACCCAGGACAGGUCUACUCAGACGUCGACUGGACCCAACGCCAUUGUCCCACGGUCAGAGGGACAAAACAUCAUGGUACCACAAGGCCACAACAACAACAACUUUCCCUGCGGGGUGCAGGACAAUCACCAGGGCAGAAUACUGUUCCAUGGCAACGCUGGAUUCCGCUUGCACUUCCCGGCUCGGUUCGAGCCAACGGACGACCGGGGAGAGAGGCAGAAUGAGGAGGGAAGGAGGGAGGACGAGGAGAGGAGGAGAAUGGAGGAGAGACCAGAGGAAGAGCGGGUGGAGGAUAGCGCGGAGGCAAGGAUCGGACGUAAGCUCCGGGAGAUCGGAGACCAGUUCCACCAGGAACAUGUUCAACUGUUCCUGCGGCAUCAGAGGGAUGUCCUACCAGUCUGGAUUCGUCUGACCAUGGCCCUCUACGGCUUCCUGUUUAACAGAGAAGCCCCUGCUGUACCCCACCUGAGAGGACAGGAGAGAUGAGAGGGGGUACCCCCCCCCCCAAAACCCUCCACCCACCUCGGGUGUCCCCUCUUGCCUCCUCCCGUCCCCGAAAACGAGGGACCAGACUUGUAGAUGGCACUGUAUGAUGGAACACGGGUUUGGAUUCCUUUUUUUGUUUUUUUUAAAUCAAAGACGACGAAGAAGAGAACGAUAGUCACUGCUGGACGGAGAUUAGAAUCACGUUCCUUCUCUCUCUCUCUCUCUUCUCCUCUUUCUUCAUGGUGAUGAUGAUGAUAAUGAAGAAGAAGAAGCCAUGCUGUUUGAAGAUAUAAAUAUUUUCUAAAAUAUAUAUAUAUAUAUAUAUAUAUAUAUAUUUACUGUACUAAAUAGUUUAUAUAUAUAUAUAUAUAUAUAUAUAUAUAUAUAACUAUUUAGUACAGUAGAUAGCAUCUUUUUGGUUUGGUUUGAAAACACGCCAAAAGGAAAUGGACAAGAAGCACGGGAUGAAAUUUAAAGAGAAAUCCCUUAAAGAAAACACCAUUGUGGACAUGGAAGUUCUUGUGGACAUGGAAGGUCGUGAAGUUCUAGUGGACAUGGAAGGUCGUGAAGUUCUAGUGGACAUGGAAGGUCGUGAAGUUCUUGUGAAGAUUCUUAGAAGGUCUUAUGAAGUUCUACUCACCCAUCUACCACGAUCUUACCAACAGGCACAUUUUUUUCCAAUGUAUUUUCUGAAGAAUACAAACUCCCUGUAACUAAAUAUUUUUCACUGUUCCACACUGAUAUAUAUAUAUAUAUAUAUAUAUAUAUAUAUAUGAAAAAUGGUUUGUCAUAAAGAUUCUGUGGUGGUUUCGCCAAGACAAGCGUGGUCUUAAGACGUGUCUUGUUGAUCUCCGGUGUAGAUUGAGAGAGAGAGAGAGUCUUUAUCCUGCGUCUUUGCCAACAACAUUAACAUUCAGUCUGAAUGAGAUGAAUGACCAGGUCCAUUUUUUUUUGAUUGACAGUAUGAAUGUAUGUGUACUUAAAGAUUCUAAGACUUAGGUCUGCAAUGUAUUCAUUCAAUCAAGCAACCUGACUUUGAUUUGAAGUUUUUAGUGUGAGUAGGCAUUUGUCGUCCGUGAAACCCAAAAAAAAAAAAAAAUAACGCAAGCGUAAAAUUUGUUUUGUCGGAGUUGAGGACUUUACUCCUGUGGAAAAGCAUUUUUAUUUUUUUUAUUUUAUGAACCUAAAUCUUUAUGAAGAUGAAUUUAUCUGGCUGGAUUGACAAUCACAAACCAACAGACCCGGUGAUUUGAUACAGUUCUAUCUGUUGUUGCAUUAUGAGUCUGCUGUGAAAAAGGGCAAAUAAAAGUUGUUGUACAAUCAACGAUUUGGAGCAAUACUGUAUAGACUAACCAGUGGAAGGCACUAAAACCUUAGGGAUCUAUUGCAGUUACAAUCAAAUUGUCAUUCAUGGAAGAAAUGCUCUUUUAAAAAAACCAAAAGUUCAAUGAAGUUCAUCUUCACACUUGACAACGUCACUCAGUUCAAUGAAAUAGAUUUCACCUUUAACUCUCUCUCUUAUCACAAUCUUAGCGUGAAUCACUUUGGCUUCAACUCCCAUACACAGAUACAAUUGCCAUGUAUACAAACAUGAGUAAAUCCACAAUAGGUAUUUUACUGAGGGCUCAGCAGCAACAGUUCUAGUGAGUCUUUACCUACACUGUUACCUACUCCGUAUGCACCUAUGGCCUAGAAUAUGUUUACGUAAUGGUGACCGCAUUUAGAUCAUGCUGCAUUUCUAAAAUAAACUAACGACCACUGCUUUUCAAACUUGAGUUUUAUUUCAGAGUUCUUACUACAAGUUCUUAUUUGAGUACAUUUUUUAAAAGUGGUUUUAAAGAUGAUGAUAUUAACAGAAGACAGGAUUUUGUUUUUAAACUAAUGUAAUUUUUUUUCCCAAAAAUCAUUGUGAUGUGAAUAUAUUUGAUGAAGACACUGAUGGGGUUUCUCUUUUUUAAAAAUUUUUUUUAUAUAUUCUUCAGGGAGUAGUUGUUCAGUCACAUGCCCACAAUACUGAGUGUUUUUAUUCUACUUUAAACAAGAUGAAAAUAUGCAAAUUCCUAAUACGAACAACAAGCUUUGCAUGUGUUGCUCUACUUCACAUGACGACAUCUGAUCGACAGGCUUGUUUCCCAAAUGUCACCCUAUUCCCUAAUAUGGUGCACUACUUUUGACCAGCUUUGAUCAGAAGUAGUGCACUAUAUAAGGAAUAGGAUGCCAUCUGGGCUUCAUCCAUGUUCUUUGAUGGUUAUCAGUGACAUCAUUGACCACAGACACUGUUCUGUUUUUGACAGAAAGUUGCCUGCAAACCACUGAAUGCUGAGCCAGUUGAAGUAGCUCUCUCUCUCCUCUCUUCUCUCUCUCUCUCUUUCUUUCUUUUCUCUCUUUCUCUUUCUCUCUCUUUCUCUCGUUCAACUACUCCCUGGACUUUCUAUAAAAAAAAAUCUUUUUUCUUUACAUUUCUUUUUUUUUUUUUUGAAGUAAUUUAUUCUAAUUUAUUUUAUUCACUCAGUGCUACUGUAUAGCUAUCGGGAUGUACACAGUUUCUUCUCCUAGUUGAUGGAACAGUCAGUCAGAAACAGUACUGUGUGUCAGUGUCCUAAAUGGAACCCUAUUCCCUAUGUAGUGUAUUACUUUUGACCUGAAAAUAGUGUACCAUUGGGGACUCAGCAUGUGUGUUAGCUGGGCCUGUGGUUUUGGGAGGAAAGAUGGACUAAUGUGUCUUUUAUACUAAGCUGUGUAUGGGUCUUUUUAGAAAUCACACCAACCAGCAGACAAUCAAAUGUACUAAAUGUGCCUUGUGAGUAUGAGACCAACCAUCAUCCAUCACAGCCUUCUGGUCAUGGUUAUCUAUAGAAUGGUGGUCACAGCUCUCCUAGUUCAGUCUGGUCAUGGUUAUCUAUAGAAUGGUGGUCACAGCUCUCCUAGUUCAGUCUGGUCGUGGUUAUCUAUAGAAUGGUGGUCACAGCUCUCCUAGUUCAGUCUGGUCGUGGUUAUCUAUAGAAUGGUGGUCACAGCUCUCCUAGUUCAGUCUGGUCGUGGUUAUCUAUAGAAUGGUGGUCACAGCUCUCCUAGUUCAGUCUGGUCGUGGUUAUCUAUAGAAUGGUGGUCACAGCUCUCCUAGUUCAGUCUGGUCGUGGUUAUCUAUAGAAUGGUGGUCACAGCUCUCCUAGUUCAGUCUGGUCAUGGUUAUCUAUAGAAUGGUGGUCACAGCUCUCCUAGUUCAGUCUGGUCGUGGUUAUCUAUAGAAUGGUGGUCACAGCUCUCCUAGUUCAGUCUGGUCGUGGUUAUCUAUAGAAUGGUGGUCACAGCUCUCCUAGUUCAGUCUGGUCGUGGUUAUCUAUAGAAUGGUGGUCACAGCUCUCCUAGUUCAGUCUGGUCGUGGUUAUCUAUAGAAUGGUGGUCACAGCUCUCCUAGUUCAGUCUGGUCAUGGUUAUCUAUAGAAUGGUGGUCACAGCUCUCCUAGUUCAGUCUGGUCAUGGUUAUCUAUAGAAUGGUGGUCACAGCUCUCCUAGUUCAGUCUGGUCGUGGUUAUCUAUAGAAUGGUGGUCACAGCUCUCCUAGUUCAGUCUGGUCAUGGUUAUCUAUAGAAUGGUGGUCACAGCUCUCCUAGUUCAGUCUGGUCAUGGUUAUCUAUAGAAUGGUGGUCACAGCUCUCCUAGUUCAGUCUGGUCGUGGUUAUCUAUAGAAUGGUGGUCACAGCUCUCCUAGUUCAGUCUGGUCGUGGUUAUCUAUAGAAUGGUGGUCACAGCUCUCCUAGUUCAGUCUGGUCGUGGUUAUCUAUAGAAUGGUGGUCACAGCUCUCCUAGUUCAGUCUGGUCGUGGUUAUCUAUAGAAUGGUGGUCACAGCUCUCCUAGUUCAGUCUGGUCGUGGUUAUCUAUAGAAUGGUGGUCACAGCUCUCCUAGUUCAGUCUGGUCGUGGUUAUCUAUAGAAUGGUGGUCACAGCUCUCCUAGUUCAGUCUGGUCGUGGUUAUCUAUAUAAUGGUGGUCACAGCUCUCCUAGUUCAGUCUGGUCGUGGUUAUCUAUAGAAUGGUGGUCACAGCUCUCCUAGUUCAGUCUGGUCGUGGUUAUCUAUAGAAUGGUGGUCACAGCUCUCCUAGUUCAGUCUGGUCAUGGUUAUCUAUAGAAUGGUGGUCACAGCUCUCCUAGUUCAGUCUGGUCAUGGUUAUCUAUAGAAUGGUGGUCACAGCUCUCCUAGUUCAGUCUGGUCGUGGUUAUCUAUAGAAUGGUGGUCACAGCUCUCCUAGUUCAGUCUGGUCGUGGUUAUCUAUAGAAUGGUGGUCACAGCUCUCCUAGUUCAGUCUGGUCGUGGUUAUCUAUAGAAUGGUGGUCACAGCUCUCCUAGUUCAGUCUGGUCGUGGUUAUCUAUAGAAUGGUGGUCACAGCUCUCCUAGUUCAGUCUGGUCGUGGUUAUCUAUAGAAUGGUGGUCACAGCUCUCCUAGUUCAGUCUGGUCGUGGUUAUCUAUAGAAUGGUGGUCACAGCUCUCCUAGUUCAGUCUGGUCGUGGUUAUCUAUAGAAUGGUGGUCACAGCUCUCCUAGUUCAGUCUGGUCGUGGUUAUCUAUAGAAUGGUGGUCACAGCUCUCCUAGUUCAGUCUGGUCAUGGUUAUCUAUAGAAUGGUGGUCACAGCUCUCCUAGUUCAGUCUGGUCGUGGUUAUCUAUAGAAUGGUGGUCACAGCUCUCCUAGUUCAGUCUGGUCGUGGUUAUCUAUAGAAUGGUGGUCACAGCUCUCCUAGUUCAGUCUGGUCGUGGUUAUCUAUAGAAUGGUGGUCACAGCUCUCCUAGUUCAGUCUGGUCAUGGUUAUCUAUAGAAUGGUGGUCACAGCUCUCCUAGUUCAGUCUGGUCAUGGUUAUCUAUAGAAUGGUGGUCACAGCUCUCCUAGUUCAGUCUGGUCGUGGUUAUCUAUAGAAUGGUGGUCACAGCUCUCCUAGUUCAGUCUGGUCAUGGUUAUCUAUAGAAUGGUGGUCACAGCUCUCCUAGUUCAGUCUGGUCAUCUAUAGAAUGGUGGUCACAGCUCUCCUAGUUCAGUCUGGUCAUGGUUAUCUAUAGAAUGGUGGUCACAGCUCUCCUAGUUCAGUCUGGUCAUGGUUAUCUAUAGAAUGGUGGUCACAGCUCUCCUAGUUCAGUCUGGUCGUGGUUAUCUAUAGAAUGGUGGUCACAGCUCUCCUAGUUCAGUCUGGUCGUGGUUAUCUAUAGAAUGGUGGUCACAGCUCUCCUAGUUCAGUCUGGUCAUCUAUAGAAUGGUGGUCACAGCUCUCCUAGUUCAGUCUGGUCAUCUAUAGAAUGGUGGUCACAGCUCUCCUAGUUCAGUCUGGUCAUCUAUAGAAUGGUGGUCACAGCUCUCCUAGUUCAGUCUGGUCAUGGUUAUCUAUAGAAUGGUGGUCACAGCUCUCCUAGUUCAGUCUGGUCAUGGUUAUCUAUAGAAUGGUGGUCACAGCUCUCCUAGUUCAGUCUGGUCGUGGUUAUCUAUAGAAUGGUGGUCACAGCUCUCCUAGUUCAGUCUGGUCAUCUAUAGAAUGGUGGUCACAGCUCUCCUAGUUCAGUCUGGUCAUGGUUAUCUAUAGAAUGGUGGUCACAGCUCUCCUAGUUCAGUCUGGUCAUCAGUCUAAAGGCUCAGCUGUGACACAUCCUGUAGCACAGUAGCUGCCUGGUUGACCAUAAGUGCAUCCCAAAACUUCACUGUGUAGUAAAGGGCUUUGUCCCAAAUGGCACCCUAUUCUCUAUGUAGUGCACUACAUUUGAGCAGGGCCCAUAGGGAAUAGGGUGCCAUUUGACCAGGGCCCGUAGGGAAUAGGGUGCCAUUUGACCAGGGCCCAUAGGGAAUAGGGUGCCAUUUGACCAGGGCCCAUAGGGAAUAGGGUGCCAUUUGACCAGAGCCCAUAGGGAAUAGGGUGCCAUUUGACCAGGGCCUAUAGGGAAUAGGGUGCCAUUUGACCAGGGCCCAUAGGGAAUAGGGUGCCAUUUUGGACACAACCAUAUCCACCCUCUAGGGCACAUGCCUAAUCUAUGACCUUUAACCCUGACCCCUCUCAACCCUGACCCCUCUAAACACACACACUCCCGGCUUAUCACCCCAAAACUCAAAUAUCCAAACGACUGUUGACAAUCAACGUGCACUGGGAAGUAAUGUUGUUUUUAUAUGCACCCACUCUUCAGACUCCUGUACUGAACCUCUCUAGAUCCAUUUGUCUUUAAGAUCUGUUGUAUGCUGACUCAGCCUAGCUCAACAAGACUAGCUUUCUUGUGUCCCAAAUGGCACCUACUCAACAUUAUAGUGCACUACUAUUAACCGGGUCCCAUAGGGGGUCCCAAAUGGCUCCCAUAGGGCUCUGGUCAAAAGUAGUGUACUAUAUAGAAAAUAGGGUGCCGUUUGUGACACGACCUAGUAGCGAUGUAGGAUGAGGGUACAAGGAGGAGUGAGCCACCACGGCGUCCAGAAUUAUUUGUAAGUAGGAGGGGUUGUGUGGUCAUCCUAUGGGUUGGUGUUGACGUCAAAUCCAUAAGAACCAACCAUUGUCUCAACCCUCCUUCGAGGUUAAAACUUAUAUGAUAUGUUCAACCUUCAAUAUCUUGAAUAUUAAGUUUUUUAAAAAAUUCAUUCGGUUUUUUGAAUUUCCCAAGAAAGAGUGAAUCUUAACUGUUAAGUGCUGUGAUUAUUUGUGUUUUAUAUCAACAAACAAAACAAUUCGCUGCAGCUAAUUCUUAACUUGUUAACUUUCUAAGCGAAAAAAAAACUUUUGUAUACUUUUGUAAAAAAACAAAACAAAUGUAACAAUGAAGUCCGAAAACAUGAUUUUUAUUUUUAUUUUUUAAAGAUCGCUUUUUAAAUGUUGUGACAUGCUUUUUGGUUUUUACCAAUUUAAGUCCGCUGUGUCGUUCUCAGUUCAAGGGCUGUUUUUGAUAUUUGAUAAUUCUGUAUAUGGAGUAAAAAUGCAUGUCCCAGCAUUCCUGAAAUCUGUGUUUGAAUGUAAAUGAAUUGAGAGGAAAAAACACAAUGUCUCUUUUUUUAAAUACUAUAUAAACUGAAACAUUGUGAACUUCCAUCUAACUCCUGCUCUGUUGAAUUGGGACUCUCUUUAGCAUUGCCUUCACAUCACAUCAUUCUAGAACACAUCAUUAGAGCUCUCAGAACCAUCUUCAGAUAUCACAUCACAUCAUUCUAGAACACAUCAUUAGAGCUCUCAGAACCAUCUUCAGAUAUCACAUCAUUCUAGAACACGUCAUUAGAGCUCUCAGAACUGUCUCAAGGAUUCCACAUCGGUCGGGGCGGUGUGUUUUUUGAAGGAAGGCUCAGUCUAAAUGUAGCAGACCUGUCUGUCCAAAAUGGCACCCUAUACCCUAUGUAGUGCACUACUUUUGACCAGUGCUCUAUGUUCCCUGGUCAAAAGUAGUAUAUAAGAUAUCGAGCCAUUUGGGAUGCAGGCGGCAUUAUGAGACGCUUCUGAGAGCCCUGCACAGUUUUCGAACAGCGUGAAACACAAGGGGAAAGAGAGGGGGAACGAGGGACAUAUUUGUUUGUCUAGUGCAAUAUGCUGUACAUAAAGAGCUUGGCUCUACAAAAUCCACAAAUCUUACAUUUUUCUCUAAUGAAAUGUAAUUUUCUUGUUCAAUGGGUACAUUGCUGUCUUUUUCAUUAAAAUGUUCUGAAAGUUUCAAAA